AUGGACUUCCUAGACCCCGUCUAUCAUCAACAGUUCUCUCACCACCACGAGCAUAUGCCUCCGCAGGGGAUGCCGGUAUACAAUGAAGCGCAGCAUAACAUGCACAACUAUGCCAUGGCACAACAAUCGGCCUCGAUGAUGGCCAUGGCCCCUACGACGAAAACCAAUGAGACAAAACCCCGCCUGGGCAAGGAUGAAGUCGAUAUCUUGGAACGAGAAUUCAAGAAGAAUCCCAAACCAACGACUCAAACGAAAAGGCAGUUUGCGGAAGAUAUGGGGGUGGACUUGGCGAGGAUCAAUAAUUGGUUCCAGAAUCGACGAGCAAAGCGGAAGCAGGAGAAAAAACAAGAAGCCUACGAAGCAGGACAAGCGCAGGAAGCAUUAGGAUACUCGGAUGGAGCCUCGUCGCCCGAUUUCAACUACGGCAACACAUAUUUCAACGACAACUCCAUGCUUCCGCAGUCGUCAGCACCGUUUCCCAUUGUUACUGGCCCUCCACCACCUGUAGCUCCGUUUAAUCCCCAAUAUAGCGACCCUUCUAGCGCGAGCAUGGAGUCGCUGCAACGGACAAUGGCUGCUGCCCAAGCGGCUACCCAACAACACGAAUUCCACGGUAGCUUUUCCGAGCAGUCCGACUCCCUGGUAUCUUAUGCUGGUUCUAUGAUCCAAGAUUCCUCAAGUGGCGACCGAGCUCAGUUUCCUCCCCCAAAUAGCACCAUGGCCCAUUUCGAAGACAAUCAAUAUUCGUUCCCGUCCACUUUUACCAACAACGUAUAUCACUCUCCACAGUCCGCAGGCGAACUCCAGCCUUCGCCAGUGAAGACAGCUAACCAGACCCACACUGCUUUCAUCGAUUACUCUUGCUCUGGCUCGGAUUCAAAUGGUUCGCAAACAAUAACCACUUUCCCCUCCCAGUUACUGGGCCAGGCACAUAGUGGCCUUCCGUCUCAAUCCAGUAAUAGUAUAAACAGCCAAAGCCCGGAGGAAAGUAAUGGAGGUAGCCUUGCACUUGCUUUCAAGUAUGACAUUGCGGAAUCUGACGAAUCUUCUGACUCUCCUCCGUCACCUUCAUUCAAAUCCCCACCUCCCCCAACAAACAUCGCUUCGCGCCGAAAAAAUGCCGUCAGGCCCGCAGCUCUGAUCUCCGAAACCUUGCAAAAUCGUCCCUCAAUGGGGCCAAGAACAGUGUCUCAUGCAGAAGGUUUCCGUCGCCCUAUUGAGAGCCCCAUGUCUUCUCCCAUGCGUCGGAUUGUGUCUGCUGGAGGGAAUCGAAAUGUUCUCACUGGUCGAAUCUACAAAACGGGCUUAGAAUCAGCACAGCGCUCGCCUAUUAAUCUCGGUGGUUUUUCUGAUGCAGGAGCUUUCAUGGAACACAACUACCAUACCAUCCGCAACCCUCCCUCCCUUUCCGCUCUGUCAUCUUUAAAUAGCAGCCUUGCUCCACCAACGCCAAUGUCUCCUCGGGAAAGGGAAAUGAGUCUGGUCAAGAGGGAACCUUCGAGAUCGACAGCAUCGCCUCAGGAAGGAAGCAUGAAUUACGUGUUCAAUCAGGGCGUACCGGGAUGUUUCACUUCAAUCGAAGGGGACGACCAGAAUCUGGCAUCGCCCCCAGAGACACCACAGGCUCAGAUGACAAUGCAAUCGGGGAAUAGCUGGGCGAAUGGGUCCGAGUUUCAGGAGAAGCAGUGGAGUUAUGAGGUGCCAGAUGAGCCGCUAUUCACCCCAGCCCAGGGUGUCUUCCCUUUGGAGCUCCAGAUGCCACAACCUCAGUACCUCUCAAAUAUGAGCCAACCUGUCACACCUGCCUUUGGGCAACAGUUCAAUCCAUCGUUCAUGUUUGAAAACGAGUCGCCACAUUUCAAGAACGAUUCUCCCCAAUAUACGCUGUCAACUCAGAGCCACUCUGAGUACUUGUUUCCUGAUGGCCAGAACCACUACUCCAUGGGUCUUUUGACUUCGCCCUUGACAAAGCAAAAGACAUUUCAAUUUUCGAACACUACUGCGGCAGACUUCUCCGAGAAAUAA